GCAGCAGCAGCAGCGUGUUUCUGCUGGAUGCAGUCAGUCAGUCUCAGUCAGUCAGAGUUGAUCCGCAAAGGUUUCACCCGGAGAACAAAGUUAUUAAAAAGCAACAACCUGUCGGAUUCUUGUUGUUUCUUCUUUUUUUCCCCCCUGGAUUUUUCUUUAAUUAUUAUUAUUUCUUCAUAAAUCAGAAGCGAAUCUCCAGCGUGUUUUCGGAUUUGAUGUGAAUGUCAAGAAGUCCCGCUCCUGCUGUGCACACCAGUGGAAUAUGAUUUGAACCAACAAGAUAAAGAACUGUUGCUCACUAACAGGAUGAAUCGUGGUUUGCUUCAUGGCGUCAUGCUGCUGUGGGCCCUGUUCCCCUCCACGCUGGGCCAGUGUGAUAAAUCACCAGAGACCAACAAUCUCAACCUCUCGGUCAACUACCAGCUCCCAACGUUCACUGCUGACUUCCCCAUUCAGAACCUGGUGACGCUGGAUGGGAUCAUCUACAUCGGGGCUGUGAACAGAAUCUACGCUUUGGCCCCAAACCUCACCAAGAUCUCAGAGUACCACACGGGGCCACUGUUUGCCAACGAGACGUGCGGCCAGACACGGAGCGGAAUGGCAAGCAGCGGCAAAGUGGACAACCAUAACAUUGCCCUGGUGGUGGAGAACAUCUACGACAAGGGGUUGUACAGCUGCGGCUCAGCAGACAACGGCGUUUGCCGCCGUCACGUCCUUGACGACGACAUUAGUCUGAAAACCGUCGACGAAGACGUCUAUUGCUUCGCCGACAAGGUGAGACAAGGCAGUGGUCAACCCAGUGACUCAGAUGUUGUGGUCAGUCCUUCAGGUUCUCAGGUACUCAAUGUGGAGAGCAACGUCAUCAAGUUCUUUGUCGGGAACUCUGAGAUCCCUGGCUUGGAAAAUGCACCAGGCGGUGGACCACCACCCCACACUUUUUCUCUGCGGAAGAUGAAGACAAGCCAAAAUGGAUUCACUUUCUUCUCGAGCGACUCAUACAUGGACCUGAUUCCAUCUCUGCGUGGAAACUACUACUUGCGCUACAUUUACUCGUUCCACAGUGGACCUUUUACCUAUUUCCUCACUGUGCAGAGGGUGAGCAGAGACUCUCAGGCCUACCACACCCGCAUUGUUCGCAUGUGCUCUUCAGAUCUGGUGAUCCGCCGCUAUGUGGAGAUACCCCUCGAGUGCAUUAGCACUGAUAAGAGGCGCCGGCGUUCCACAGAAGACGUGAAGGUAUUCAACAUCCUGCAGGCGGCCCACGUCGCCAAGGCGGGCAACGAUGUUGAACUGCAGAAGCAGUUGAAGGUGGAGGAGGGCGACGACGUGCUCUUCGCCGCCUUCGCGCAAGGAAAGCCGAAUUCUCCAGAGCCGACUCCUAACUCGGCUGUCUGCAUCAUGUCCCUCAAACACAUCAACAACAUGUUCAAGAUGUACAUGCAGAGCUGUAACACAGUGGACCCCUUUCACUUCACUGGAUCGGAUAAGAAGUCCUGCUACAACAUGAGUUCGUCCGACGACUGUGGCCCCCAUGAGGGAAUCCACGAAGGGAAAGAGGGCAAGUACCGCCUGCAGGUGACCCAGUUUGUGCAAAGGUUGGAGUACUGGCACAAAGACCUGACCAACACCUUGGUUACCUCUAUAACCGUGGUACCAGUCCAUGGCCGCGCGGUGGCGUACCUGGGCACUGCCGACGGACGCCACAUACAGGUGCUGUUCUCCAGAUUUGCAUCCCCUCACGUCAACAUCCGCCUGGACUCAAGACCUGUCUCUUCCAGCGUGGCCCUGCUGGACGGCAGCGACUCAGAGGGCGCUCUGCUAAUGGCCACAGGAAACAAGCUCACCAAGAUCCCUCUGAUUGGCCCCGGUUGUGAUCAGCUCACCACCUGUACGUCCUGCUUGCUGCUGUCCAGGGUGACUGAAUGUGGAUGGUGUGAUGGGCGCUGCACAAGAGCCAACCAGUGUUCCUCCUCCGCCUGGACACAACAGUUCUGUACACCAGUCAUCACUGAGGUAUUUCCGACCUCUGGGCCAAUACGGGGUUCUACGGCUAUCACGAUCUGUGGGCACAACUUUGGCUUCGACAAGACGGAGAACUUCAAGGCCUCGCUGGUGACAGUGGAGGUGGCGGGAGCUCCCUGCAAACUGCCCAGGCAUGACAGUGUCAACAGAUGGACUGAGAUGCAGUGUUACCCAGUGUUCACUGGGAACUUCACCCCAUCAGGACACACAGUGAAGGUCAUCACCGCCACUCUCAACAAGGUGGCCAAGAUGGACGGCUUCACCUUUGUGGAGCCAGCAAUCCACGAAAUCUUUCCGACAUUUGGGCCAAAGUCUGGAAACACCAUGCUGACCAUCAGAGGAGCUUUCCUGGAUACCGGGAACAAGCAGGAGGUGACUGUCGGUAAAGCAGCCUGUAAAAUCCAGAGCUUGUCGUCUACUAUGCUGACCUGCAAAACGCCGCCUUAUGCUGUUCCCUCCGAGCAACCUGUGAAGCUGACAGUGGAUUCGGUGGAAGUCCACGCCCCCACGCUGUUCACCUACAACCAGGACCCCAUCAUUUACAGCAUCCAGCCCUCGCGCUCCUUUGUCAGCGGAGGCUGCACGGUGUCAGCUCACGGCUUCUUCCUCCAGUCCGGCCUCCAGCCCCAGAUGGUCCUCACCACCGCCCAGGACGCUGAGGUCUUCCAUGUGAGCUGCGUCUACGGCGAGAACAGGACGUCCAUCCAGUGCACCACGCCCUCGCUGGCCAAGUUGGCCCUGCAGCCGCCGGUGGUCACCAAGGUGGCGUUUGUACUGGACGGCUUCUCCACAGAUCAGUGGGACCUGAUCUAUGUGGAAGACCCGCUUUUCCAGGACCCCAAGCUCACAUCCAAGGAUAACAAGAGCAUAGUCGAGCUGAAGGGAGAUCGCAUGGACAGGGAAGCGAUGAAGUGUCAGGUCCUGACGGUGUCCAAUCACAGCUGUGAGAGUCUGAUUCUGGUGGGAAACACCCUGGAGUGCACCGUUCCCACUGAACUGCGCGCCACGACGGCAAAGGAGCUGCAGGUGGAGUGGCGCCAGGCAGAUUCCAUCAGGUCUCUGGGCACAGUGACUCUGGCACAGGAACAGGACUACACCGGUCUCAUUGUGGGCUGCGUGUGUGUCAGCCUGCUGCUCCUGCUGCUGGGAUCACUGCUGAUGUGGAAGAGGAACAAACACAUCGAAGAUUUGUCUGAGGUGUGGUAUGAUGGCCGGGGUCACAUCCAGCAUCUGGACAGGCUGGCGAACGCGAGGAGCGUCAGCCCCACUAAUGAAAUGGUCUCCCACGAGUCAGUCGACUAUAGAACCACCCUGCUGGAGGAUCAGGGCACCGACAGGCCCGAGACGUGCCGGGCAGCCGCUCCCAUCUAUGGAGGCAACGGGGAACUGAUGUCGCCCAGACUGGGGGCGAUGGGUGGAGGGAUGGGUCUUGGGAUGGACGGCGACCUGGUGUCACCUCUGCUGAUGGCCCCGGUCCACAUAGAUCCGUCCUGUCUCCACCCAGAUUUGCUGACGGAGGUGCAGCACGUGGUGAUCGCCAGGGAACAGCUGCUGCUUCACCUCAACCAAAUCAUCGGCAGAGGUCACUUCGGUUGUGUUUUCCACGGAACGCUGCUGGAAUCGGACGGGCAGAAGCAGCACUGUGCCGUCAAGUCUCUGAAUCGCAUCACAGAUCUUGAAGAGGUGUCCCAGUUCUUGAAGGAGGGCAUAAUCAUGAAGGAUUUCAGCCACCCCAACGUGCUCUCUCUGCUGGGUAUCUGUCUGCCACCUGAGGGUUCGCCACUCGUGGUCCUGCCCUACAUGAAGCACGGCGACCUGCGCAACUUCAUCCGCGACGAGUCCCACAACCCGACCGUGAAGGACCUGAUGGGCUUCGGGCUGCAGGUGGCCAGAGGGAUGGAGUAUCUGGCCAGCAAGAAGUUUGUCCACCGGGACCUUGCCGCCAGAAACUGCAUGCUGGACGAGAGCUACACAGUGAAGGUGGCGGACUUCGGCCUGGCCAGGGACGUUUAUGAUAAAGAGUAUUACAGCGUCCACAACAAGAGCGGAGUCAAGCUGCCGGUCAAAUGGAUGGCGCUGGAGAGUCUGCAGACGCACAAGUUCACCACCAAGUCUGACGUGUGGUCAUUUGGCGUGUUGCUAUGGGAACUGAUGACCCGAGGUGCCCCGCCCUACUCUGAUGUGAACUCCUUCGACAUCACGGUAUUCCUCCUGCAGGGGAGGAGACUCCUGCAGCCCGAGUUCUGCCCUGAUGCCCUCUACACAGUCAUGGUCGAGUGCUGGCAUCCAAAUCCGGAGCGCAGGCCUUCCUUCUCCGAGCUGGUGUCGAGCAUCUCCUCCAUCUUCUCCAGCUUCUGUGGGGAGCACUACGUCCUGCUCAACACCACCUACGUCAACAUCGACAAGAUGAGCCCGUACCCCCCGCUCCUCGCGUCCUCGUCCACCACCGCUGCCGCGCCCCCUUCCUCCUGGUCCUCAUCCGACCCCUGCACCUCCACGUCCCUGCCCUCCCGUUCCCAAUUCCUUUGCCACGUGGAGCGCGACUGCUGCACCUGAAGGAGAAGUGGCAGUGGGACGAAGACUCGACGAGACGGACGAGAGCAGGCGAUGAAGAACUACUGUAUGUACUUGCCAAACACUGGACACUGUAUGCUGAGGAAAAACAGGACUGUUUUUUGGAGCCUUGACUGUUCACUCAAUGUAUAUAGACCCUCAACGACAGCAGCCUGGUCGGGCCGACCUCAUCGACCGACCUGUCUGACCUUUUGUUGACCCCAGGGAGCAGGAGGCCAGCCCUCCUUUGUCUUCUGCGAGACACUUACAGGACAAAAGGAACACCUUCUCAACAACGUUCUACAGCGGAUAAAAAAAAGCCAUUGUGACAGAAGCACAAUUCAUCAAAAACACCACAAAAAAAAUCCAGUGACUGCUGUACCCACACUGUGAGAGGAUGCAUUUCCUGCUCAUGUCACGGUGGUCUGUGCUUCGAAACCUUUUCUUUCUUCUGUCUCUCUGAAUGUGAAUGUUCGACAAAUGGCCGUGUAUCGUGUCUUAUUAACAACCCACACCUCCGCACACGCUGUAAAUCAGACCGGCGUGCCACCAGAGACAAUGACGCCCCGGCCGCGAUGGAUUCCCGCUGCCUCGGGGCGCGUAAAACCGAGGCGCACAGGAAAUGAAUAAUGACGGCAGGUAUUGGGAGGUGAGGAAGUGUGGGGGGCCUAACAUGGGACGUGUAAAGAAACUGCUGCCUGUGGGCAGGUCACUGGAUGCUCUAUUCGUAUAAUUAUCUAAUUUGGAUAAUUCUGAUUUUAUUGUGCUUAUUAAGCUCACCAAAAGCUGCAGUACGCAGGAUCACUGGAGAAAUAGCUGAUCAUUUAGUUUCAACCACAGGUUGUUCAAAUAUUACAGUACAGUGACAAUAUAAUAAUAGUAUUGGUAAUACCAUCUUAUUUCGAUUAUAAUAACUUAAAUUGAGUUGCUUGAAAAUGACAAUGGAAAAUGUGAGAUGGGCAUGAAAUUGACCUUUAUAACAUGGUAAUUACCAGCGAUAUCAGGGCAUUACACUGAUAAAUGAUUGAUAAAUGAUGCAAAAGAUCCUGCUUACUGUACGUUUUAAAGGGCGUCUCAUUUCCCUUUGGUAUUUGUUCUCAUUUUAAAAUAGAAAUAUGGCUACAGCUUUAAAUUUUCGGGGGGGAAAGACAUGAAAGAAUUAGAAUCCUGACGUGGGCGAUUUCUUGUUCUCGUCGCUCACUGUUUGUCACACACACGAUUUACAUUUAGAGUUUCACGAUUCCUAAAAAAAAGGUUCCUUCAUCAACGUUGAAAGUCAACAUUUAAACUCAAAGAGCUGAAACGUAUCACGACAUGGAGUAAAGACAUUUACCUCCGAGGUUCCUUUUGUGGUCAGAACUCGUGUUUGUGGUGUAGGACGUUAUAUGCGACCAUCAGUGACAGCCGUCUUUCACUGUAUCUUUAUGACGCACGCGCUUUAAGACAUUAUGAAGGAAUAUUUUUUUGAAUUCAAGGCCAAAACCAGGGUGUUUGCAAAUGUUCAUCCCAUCACUACAAAUUUUUUCAAUCUUUUUGAAUUGUAAACAUGAUUACUGCCAACACUGCCAUUAGCUUCUGAUUUCUUUUUGGAGGAUGAGGUGAAAUCAAAUUUAAAGAAUUGUACGAAUGAAGAAUGAGGUGAAUUAAAAUACUUUUGUUAUUCACUAAUGAAUCAAUAAAUAGUUCUAAUCACUCCACUGAUGUACAUAUUUAGAUUCGUAAUCUACAGGGUUAGGGAACAGCUUGACAUACAGUAAAAUAAUCAUAAUUUGUAGUAAAUGGGAUAAAAAUGCAGAACCCUGUCGAGGUCCGUGCCCCCUAUUUUUCUUUGCUUUGUUGUUUUAUUUUUUUUAAUCUGAAUGGCUGCUGAUGUGACUGGGCCAUUGAUGGACAGGUAUGAAUGUUUAUGCUAUGACAAGAAAAAGUGCUGUACUAUAUAUUUUUGUAUCAGUGACGAUCCUCUUCCUUAAACCUGGUCCCAGUGGUGGGGACUGGUUGUGUGUAAAAAAAAAAACUGCCACUCAAUGAAUCCUUUUUGUUCUCAAGACGAAUCACUGCCAUUUUGUAAAUAAAUCAGGGUGCAUUGUGGGGGAUCCGUGUGGGUGUGUCUGCAGCGUCUUCCCGCCAAUCGAUGUCGCAUUUCCACGUAGCUUUUGGUCGCGACCGCUCGAUCGCUGUGAACGACGUGAAACAAACGGCUCCUCUCCACGACUCUGUGUUUAACACUGUCUGUUCUGUGUGUGUGUGUGUGUGUGUAUAUGUAUAUAAAUAAAUAUAUGUAUGAUUUGAUGUCUAUUAAAAAAAAGAAAACCACACAUCCUGAAGGUACAUGUUCCUAUGUAAUGUCAAAUGAACUGUGUCAGUGUAAUAAAGCUAUACUAUCA